UCUAAAAAGGUGUGGUUCAGACCAUUCUCCAAUUCUACUGCAAACGCAGCUGGUUCAUAACAACAUUAAAUGGGGCUGGAAUUUUCGUUUUGAGCCAUUUUAGCAAAAACACGAGGGCUGCAAACAAGUUAUCUCUGAGGGAUGGUCGGAAGAGCAGGGGGCUUCUGCCAUAGAUAAGAUGGCCAAUUGCGAACAUAAACUUCUACAGUGGAGUAAGGAAACUUUUGGCGACCUUCGAACCAGAAAGAACAAGGCAGAAAGGGCGUUAGAACUACUGGACAAAAGGAAAAAGAAUGCAGCAAUAAUCCUCCAGCGAAAGGCUAUUGAGAAGGAGAUUAAUGAGAUCUUGAUGCAGGAGGAGUUGAUAUGGAAACAACGCUCCAGAGCAGAUUGGCUUCAAGGAGGGGAUAAAAACACAGGCUUUUUUCACAGGAAAGCGUCUGACAGAAGGAACAGAAACACUAUAAAGAAGCUUUUGGAUGAAACAGGAGUAAUAAGGGAGGGUCACAGUGCUGUGACUAAUAUUUUAACUAACCACUUUAAAUCUGUUUUCACUGCAGGUGAACGAGUUUCUGUAAGUCAAAUUUUGGAAGCAGUCCCAUGCAAGGUCACUACAGAAAUGAAUGAGGAACUUUUAAAACCUUUCACAAAUGAGGAAAUCUGGACAGCCCUAAAGAAAAUGGGACCUCACAAGGCUCCAGGGGUGGAUGGAAUGUCAGCUCUCUUUUUCCAGAAGAACUGGGAUAUUGUGGGACCAGAUGUUACAAAUGAACUUCAGAAUUACCUAAGCACAGGCAUGUUCCCUCAGACCCUCAACCAUACUCUGCUAAUUCUAAUACCCAAGAAAAAAGGGCCAGAAUGUCCAGGGGAUUAUAGACCUAUUAGCCUAUGCAGGGUUCUUUACAAGAUCCUAUCAAAGGUUCUGGCUAAUCGACUGAAACAAGUUCUUACCAAAGUGAUUAAUGAGUUUCAGAGUGCUUUUGUCCCUGGGAGACUAAUUACAGAUAACGUCAUGGUAGCGUUUGAGUGCUUCCACUCAAUGAAAGGCAGAACAAAAGGAAAGAAAGGAUUCAUGUCAGCCAAAUUGGAUAUCUCCAAAGCCUAUGACAGGGUGGAGUGGGACUUUCUUGAGUCUAUUAUGCUUAAACUGGGGUUCAAUACUAGAUGGGUGGCAAUGAUCAUGGCCUGUGUCAAAACGGUUUCCUACUCAAUCAUGGUUAAUGGUCACCAAACAGAGACCUUUUUUCCUACUCGAGGCUUGAGACAAGGAGAUCCAAUAUCUCCCUACUUAUUCCUAUUCAUUGUGGAGGGGUUAUCUGCUCUUAUAUUGAAGGCUGAAAGAGACAGGAGGAUAGCAGGAAUACAAGUCAAAAGAGGAGCCCCUACCAUUUCCCAUCUGCUCUUUGCAGAUGACAGUGUUCUGUUUACAAGUGCAACAACUCAAGAAUGUAUACAUUUAAGAGAUAUCCUAACCUUGUAUGAACAAGAAUCUGGACAGAAGGUAAACCUUGAGAAAUCGGAAAUCUCUUUCAGCCCCAAUGUGGAGGAGGUUAAGAGACAGGAUCUGGCAGCCAUUCUUGGAAUGAAAGUGGUACCUCUUCAUACUAAAUAUCUAGGCCUACCCACCACAGUUGGAAGAAGAAAGAAGGAGGUGUUCAGCUACCUUGUGGAUAGGGUCAGAAGAAAGGUGAAGUUGUGGAAAGGGAAGUUGCUUUCUUUUGGAGGAAAGGAGGUGUUGAUAAAAGCAGUAGCCCAAGCACAAAUGACUUAUGCAAUGCAGGUUUUCCUAAUCCCUAUGACUGUCACUCAAGAAAUUCAGAGUCUGGUUUCAAACUUUUGGUGGGGACAACAAGAAUCAGAACGCAGGACGCAUUGGGUUAGUUGGCAGGAGAUGUGCAGAUCCAAAAAGCAAGGGGGCUUGGGGUUCAGGAACUUACAUGAUUUUAACUUGGCCCUUCUGGGAAAACAACUGUGGAGAAUGAUUCAAAACCCAACCUCCUUAGUCUCAAGAGUUAUGAAAGCUAAGUACUUUCCAACCCGGGACAUCUUGGAAGCAGAGGGAGGGUAUAAUCCGAGCUUUAUAUGGAGAAGUAUCCUAGCAGCUAAAGAUCUCAUGAAGGAAGGAUUGCGGUGGAGAGUUGGGAAUGGAAACAAAAUUGAUAUCUGGCUGGACAAAUGGGUUCCUACCUCCCUAAAUUAUAGAGUUCAAUCGCCAAUCUCCCUAUUCGCAUCAUACACAUCAGUGAAUGAGCUUAUGAACACAGAAACGAGAACCUGGAACCAUGCUUUACUACAAACCUAUUUUCUCCCUCAAGAUAGACAGAAUAUACUGAGAAUACCAAUACCAAGACAACCAGCAGAAGAUAAGAGAAUCUGGGGGAAGGAGAAGUCAGGUCAGUAUACAGUGAAAUCGGCUUACAAGGCACUGAGAGCGAGUAAAGAGGCAGAAAUGGGAGAAAUCUAUACCCCAAUCAACUGGGAACGAAUAUGGAAGCUCCAGAUACCUCCUAAAGUCAAAGUCUUUGCGUGGAGAUGGAUUCGCAACAUCUUACCAACAGGAGCAAACAUCCUAAAGAGAACAACUAAGGGAUGCGAUGAAUGCCCAUUUUGUGGACAGGAAGAGACACAGAAUCAUCUGUUUCAAGAAUGUGGAUGGGUUAGAAGAGUUUGGUACCCUAGUUCCCUAAAUCAGUGUUUCGAGAAGGGAAAAGACCUUACCUGCGAAGAAUGGAUGGUGGCUCUCCAGGAAACAGAAUCCGACGAGAAGAUAGCCCAAUUUCUGGCGGCACUAUGGUUCAUAUGGGGCGAAAGAAAUAGUCAAUGCUGGAACACGAAGAAAUUGGAAGAAUUCGAAAUAAUGGGGAAAGCGGAACGUUGGUUGAAUGAAUACCUGGAAUAUCAACAACAAGGAAUGGAGGUGGCGCCCAGGCAGGUGGCUCGUUGGAAACCGCCUGAAAAUGCUGAUUUCAAGAUCAAUGUCGACGCGGCGACGUUCACCGGAGCGGGCACUGGUUUGGGGGUUGUGGUUCGCGAUAGAAAUGGGGGAUUUUGCUGUGCAGUGAUAAAAAGAACGAGGAUUCAAUGGCCAGCGGAAUUGGCUGAGCUGCAGGCUAUAAAGCUUGGACUAGAGAUCGCGAGGGAGAAGGAUUUUGUGACUGGAGAAAUCGAAUCAGAUUGUCUCAGGGCGGUACAGCAAAUCGGAAGGGAGGAAAUGUCGAUGACGGAGGAAGGGGUGGAGAGUGCUGAAGUGAGGGAGCUGAUCGACACUUUUGCUGGACAGAUGCAGAUCAGGUUUGCAGGCCGAGAAAGUAACAAAGCAGCCCACAUAUUGGCCCAUGUACAAUGUGGGUGGGACGAAACUGAGAUUUGGGUCUCUAGGCCACCAAUUUUCCUGGUGGACCAACUUAUCUUUGAUUCCUGUUGUUGAUCUAUCAAAAAAAAAAAACUCCCUCUCUCUCUUCAAUCUAAUUCCCCAACACAGAGGAAGCAAUUCCCUCUGUUUUCCCCAAAGUUUCAAUCCCAGAUUCUCACUCUCCAUUCUCCAUGCAAGCGGUACAUGCUUCUUCAUUUGCCUUAAUCCUAAACUAGAUCAAUUAAUCGGUCGAUUGGACUCCUAUUGUGACUAAUUUUAUGGGCAGAAGAAGAACGACGGAAUCGGCAGGCCGUGAAUUCAUGGUGCCGGCGAGGAAGGUGAUUGAACAGAGGCCUCUUUCUCGUUCCUCUGUACUCAAAUUCUUGUUGUUUCCCAUAUCAACUAUGAUUCUCCCGAUCUUGCUAAGAUGAUUACCCUAUGAAUUGGUUGCCAUCUUCUUUCUCACUUCGUCAGCCACUCUCAUCCACUACAGAUGUCGAAUCGAAGAUGGGAGGAGAUGGCAAUUUUCCACCCGAAUCUACCGUCUCCAAGCCUUCGCCGUCCAAUCCCCGCAAUCGAUGAUGAAUCCCUCCAGAUUUUGCUUGCCAUGCCGUCGCAUCGAGGAAGAGAAAAUACGGCGGCCAACCCCGGUGAUUCGCGGAAGCUCAUCCUUCUCGUCGUUCGCUAGCGGCAACGGUGAGCUAGAGAAGAGAAAAUAUGUCGACCUAUAAAGUAUGCCCUCGCGUCGAGCUCAUCCUUCUCGUCGUUCGCUAGCGGCAACGGUGAGCUAGAGAAGAGGAGCGGCGGGGUGAAUCUGGAGAAGAGAAGUGGAGCGUUCUAUUAGGGAUUGGGGUUUGGCUUUCAGAGUUCGGAGCUUUUUUUUUUAUAAAUAAUUUUGUUUCACAAUACGGCGGUGUACAGUUUCAAAUAGCUUACCGCCGGUGGAAACAAAACCGGCCGAUAUUUCCUUUCGGACCGGUUAAACCAAAAAAACCGGGCGGUACGAUAAUUCAGCCACUAACUGGCUACCGUUUCGUUUCUGGUCCGGUUUCCGGUUUUACCGGUCGAAUCGGCCGGUACGAUCCGGUUUUCUGGUCCAUGGUUUUAACCCUAUUUUAUCUCUACAUAAGACUUAGCUACGAACCUGUCGUAAGAAAACCGUCACAAUGUAAAAUUGUCGAUUGUGAGCUCUUUCGAACUCACCGUGGAUUAGUCAUGUUCAAGUCGAACAGGGAAACCACAUAAAACUCGUUGUUUCGUGUUCGUUUCCUUCCGCAUUAUUCAAAUUCUACAUGGUAUCAGAGCAAACCUCGAUUUUCUAGGGUUUUGUGUUUGAUCGUUCGCAGUCUCGUUACGCAAGCAACUACGUCGGCCAUCACCGUCUGCUGCUUUUACAAUGGCAUCAUCACAACCACCGUCAGUCACCAUCGGUGGCCCCUGAGUCAAGGUUGUCGUCAGUGGCCUCAUCCAUCCGCCUCCAAGUGGUACUCGUCUCCAGCGAUGCUCAUGAAUCCCAUAUUGUUGGAACCUAUGAGAGCGAAUACCUGAUUAGGCCAAUAGAGCACCAUAGAUUGAUAGUAUUGGAUCGAUUGCUUUAGUCGAGGGUUGAUUCACUUCUUUGUAUCGAUUGUGAACUUCAUUCGAUAGAGGGAGUCUAGUUCAGAAUGCCUUGAUCGGUUGUUGUAGAGAAGGAUACGUCCCUCUAGGCAAUCGACUCAAGAGGGCCUUGAUCCUUUAGUCGAGAUUCAAGGUCUAGUUAAGGAUUCUCCGCAUUGUGAAUGAAAGUGAAACAGGUUAGAGAUCAUCAAUCAUUAAUCUGGCUAGUGGCUAGGGGGAAUCAUACCUAAGUGAGUUCCCAACCUGUAUUUAGAUUAACUUUAACUGUAGUUUGCUAGAGUAGUUUUAGUUGUUCUAUCUUAAUCUGGUUUCCUAGAUAAUGAACUGAAGCUGAGUAA